AAGUCAAAAUACGGACUGUAAAGUUGUCUGUCAUUUUUAUUCAUCUAAAGGCUCUUAGCUGAGGAAGUCCUUUUUAAGGCGGUCUGCAUUAUACCAUGAUUGUGUAAUUGUGGGAAGCAUGAGUAGCUUUGUGGUCUCCAUUGUGAUACGCAGUGCUUUACACUGACACCAAGAUACAGGACCUCAGGCUUAUGAAGAGGUCAACAGUCCAUGUGACGUCUCGUGGAAAACUGACUUCUUGCGGUGUGAAAUUAUUCCUAGCAGUAUUAAAGCCUACAUGUUAAUUUCUACUUAUUCCAUUUCACCUCAUGUGUCACGCAGUAGUGUGCGGGUCAUAUUUUUGUCCCAUUAUACACCGUUAUACUAUAUAACACCCUCUGGUUCCCAUCCGGUAUAUUGUUUAAGAUAUGUCAUACCUGACCAUACCCACGCUUAUUUCACUCCUUCUCAAUCACGUACACUCACAUGUUCACUCACAUGCAUACGCCGAUGGUUUAGGUCACGUAUGAAGGAUGUGAUCAGACCAGGAGACCAGUAAAGAUAAAUGAACCUUCUGCUCAGUUUCUGAAUCAUUUCAACCAAACAGCGUACUAGUGCACACCAUGGAUGCUGAGUUGGGAGUCGGGUUGUUGGUCGUGGCUGUAGGAUGUUACAUCUUAUGCUCUCUGUAUCUGCUGCGUAACCCACUUAUUCUCCACAAGAAGAAACGUUUAGCCUUUUACAGCAGACACAUUUCUCACAGAGGCGGUGGGGGUGAGAGGAUAGAAAACACUAUCGAGGCUUUUACACAUGCAGUGGAUGUGGGAACUGAGAUGUUCGAACUGGACUGUCAUUUAACUCGAGAUGGUUAUGUUGUGGUGUGCCAUGACAAAUACCUUGAAAGACAGACAGGAUCUGAUGUGGACAUCUCUUUGGUCAAAUUUCAGGACUUGCCACUCUAUAGAGAGAAGCUUGAGGUCACAUUCAGUGUUGGGCAUUUCGGUACGGGACAGGACCGGAGAAUCGCCCUGCUGGAGGAUGUCUUCAAGAAAUUCCCCCACAUGCCAAUCAACAUCGAGGUUAAACAAAACAAUGAUCUGCUCAUACAAAAGGUCUCCGCCCUGGUGAAAAAGUACGACAGGGACAACAUCACAGUCUGGGCCUCUGAUGACUCUCACAUCAUGGCAAAAUGCAGGAAACAGAAUCCCUACAUGCCAUACAGCUUCACCAUGAGACGAGGAAUCCUUCUUCUAGCGCUCUACUACACUGGCCUUCUUCCCUUCUGUCCUCUGGGAGAAAGUCUACUGCAGUUCUACCUGCCCAGAGUAAUAAACAGGGGUUAUAUUCCAGAGGAGUCUUAUCUUAAGAAAAGAUUUAUGGUCUCUCUCAUUGAAAAGCUGACUAUGAGAAAGUCUUUGUUUGAGCACUUGGUGAAGCGAGGCAUGCAGGUGCAGUUGUUUGUGUGUAACACAGAGAAGGACAUGGCUGCGGCUUUCGCAUUCGGCGCUACAGGAGUGAUGUCCGAUUAUCCCACCAUGCUAUCCGACUACCUAAAGAAACAUCCUGCUAUUUAAGUUUAAGUACUGCAAAGAUGUGACGAUGACAAAAAAAAAGCGAGAACAUUCCAGUGUAAUCACGUUUAUUCCUUUUAAAUCAUUUUGAAAUUCAGGAUGUUAAAUCAGAAAAGGUGCAAUGAUUUGGUACUUCAGCAGAGUAAUUUCUGAAGAUAAUGACAUCACAUAACCUGCAGCGGGUCUUUGUCUUUUUGCGAGAUAAUUAUGGUAACAGAUUCUGGUAGAUGUGCAGAUAACCGCUCCUUAAACACACUGAGGAAACCCCUCUCGCUGUUACUGUGCUCACUCAGAAUCACACUUGUGCCUUUAGAAACAGCAUCCAGCACUUCGUGAUGGGACAUCUCACCUGAAGAAAAUAAAACGCACAUCAUUCUUAGCUCUUAAUGCAGGCGUUCACAAACUAGAAGGUCACGACCCCAUGUGGAGAAACGUAAUUUACAAACACGGUCAUGAUUGUCUUCUUUUUUGUAAUUAAUAUUAACUAACUCGAACUGUGAAGAUAUCAUUUGUGUGCUACUGAUUGCGCUCGAGUCUGUUUCACUAUCCUGAUUUGCAGCAUUAGUGUAGGAGUUCAGCAAUAUUAUUCCGUCCGUUUACUCCUGCUAGUUCCGACACAACAUCAAGUCAAGACUGAAGUCGAGAAAACGAACAUGAAAAUAUGCCGAAACAUUGGUCGAGGCAAAAUAAAAUAAAAAAGCCCAUUUGGGGUUGUUCCAAAAAGUUUAUAUGAAUCCUACGAUCAUUAUGGAAAACCAAAUUACACAUCGUUAUGAGGACUUUUAGACUCCUGCAGUUAAUCUGAAGUCUUUAACGAGAUAAAAUUAAAAUAACUCCUAAAAUUCCAAAAAGCAAGGAUAUUUUACAGACAUUUCACAACUUUUUGCAUUCGGAUCGAUUUUUGCUUUUACAACAAACUAACAUAAGAAAACCCAAUCCCAUCUCCAACCCUAAUUAUAAAAUCACUACUGAAAUCUAUCGAUUUGGGUGCAGACCGGUCAAGCCAUGAAUUCAGUUCUCAAAACUAAGUCCUCUAGAACAUCAUUCUGUUUUUAAACAAGGAUUCGACACUUUUUUGCCAUUCAUUUUGUCUAACAUGG